GGAUCAAUGCCUAACAAUUUACUCUCACUCCAUGUUAUACAUUUUUACUUGCCAGCUCUCAUUCUUUCUUCCAUCUCAAGCAAUAAUCGUUUGUCCUGUUUUCAUUUCAUUAACAUAAAUUUCUCAUAAUUCUGCAACUAAGUGAUAAUUUAAGGAGCCUAGUUUAGAUAAAAUCAUGUGUAGUCUAUCUGACAUUCCAGUUGUGGGAAAAGCUGUGGACAAGAUUUCGGUGGUCAUUGUUGAAGCUGGAACUCGUGGACUAGUUCACUUGUUUUGUUAUAAAGGCGUUGUGAAGGAUCUUAAAGCCACAAAGAUCAAUGAGCUGCAAAUUCAGGAGGAGAGUGUUGCAAGAAAAGCUGCUGCAGCGAAAAAUAAUGGCCAAAUUUUGUUGAAGCAUGUGGUUGAUUGGCAGGAAAAAGUGGUGGAAAUUAAAGAUCAAGUGAAAGUAUUUGUGGAGGAAUAUGAAAACAGACCGUCCUGGUUGUGCUGUUUUGAAGCUCUGCGCAUUCCUGAUCCUGUCACUCGUUUUCGACUGGGGAGGAGUGGGGCUAAGAUGUCCAAAAGGGUGGAAGAACUCAUUGAAUCGGGGAAAGAGCUGGUCCAUGAGGAUAUUGCACAGUAUCCACCUUUUGAGAAUGUUCCUAUAUCAGGUGGCGACAGAUAUUACAACUUUGAAUCGAGGAGAACUGCUUAUGGGAAGAUUUGGGAGGCCCUGGUGAAAGAAGAUGGAUUCUCAGUACUUGGUAUUUAUGGGAUGCCAGGCGUGGGAAAGACCAGAAUGAUGGAACAAACCUGGAAGGAAAUUAAAGAGAAGGGGGUCUUUGACAAGGUUGCACGGGCUAAUUUUGGCAAUGGAAAGUUGGAUGUAAUAAAUAUACAGGAGCAACUUUCUUUCCAUUUGGAGUGCCAUCUUGAGUCGAAAGAUAAUGAGGAGUACAGAGCUUUUCAGUUGAGGAAUAGUAUAAUGAAUGGAGGUAAGAUUCUGUUCAUAUUAGACGAUGUUUGGCGUUACAUUCCAUUAAAUCGAAUAGGGAUUUCAUUUGAUGAGGGUACCCCUGGUGGUUGCAAGAUUCUCUUCACAUCUCGAGCACAAGAUGUUUGCUUGAAAAAUAAUUGUAAAGAUCCUGUCAGGAUUGACACCCUGACAGCGGAGGAAGCAUGGGAAAUGUUCAGCAAUGUCGUUGGUUCGUCUAAAAUUUAUUCUCUGCUUGAUAAGACAUUGGCAAUGAGAGUAUGCAAUAAAUGUGCACGACUUCCACUCCUUAUUGUAGCAGUUGGAAACUCUGUCGCCAUUAUGGGUGAGUGUCAGUGGAAGGAUGCCCUUGAUCUUCUGGAAAAUCACAAAAUUGAAAAGAUUCAUGGAAUAGAGGGUGAUAUAUUUGCUUGUGUUGAACUAAGUUUCAAUCAGUUGCACGAAGAUGAGAAGAUCUUUCUCUUGUUAUGUUCAUUGUACCGCGAGGAUGCUGAGAUUGAUAAAAGUUUGUUGUUCAAGCUUGCAACAGAUUGCGAAUUGUUGGAGGGCAAAAGAGACAGAGUUCAUUCCAUUGUUCAAAACCUUAAAUCAUCUUCUUUGUUACUUCCUGGUAGAAAUGAUAAGUAUAUCAGACUGCACGACAUCAUCAGAGAUGUAGCAAGAUCUAUAGCUUCCAGACAAGAAUAUGCAUUUUUAUCUAUAACAUGCAACUCAUGGUUGCCGAAUCAGAGUGCUUACAGUACUAGGAAAGUAAUGUACUUAAAUUUGGAGGUGGAUAACGUUAGUUCACCCGAUGAUCUGGUGUGCCCAGACUUGCAUACCUUGUGGCUGCAAUCAAACUUUCAUAGCCAGCAACUUUCAGAUAGCUUCUUCAAGAUGUUCCCCAAUCUUAGAUUUCUGGUUAUCCAAAAAUGUCUUUUUCAAUGAAGCAUUUUUCUACCGGAUCCCUGGAAAAACUUCAUACACUAAUCCUAGAUCACUGCACUUUACACGAGUCAUCUUUCAGCAUUGUCACUAAAAAUCUCAAAACACUCAGGUUUUGGGAUUGUUCUUUCCCUGCAGGCCCUCUAGUUUUACCAGAGUUGAAGUUUCUUCGGAGGCUAGAUGUGUUGACUCACCACAAAGUAGAAAUGAUGCCAAAUUCUCUGUCAAGUCUGUCUACCCAAUCUCGAAGAACUGAAUAUUCCAAGUGGAAUAAAAUUUCGCGACAUUGAAUCAGAUAGAGGGGAGCAUAUCUAUGCCGAGCUGAGUAAGUUGACUCACUUGAAGGUUUUAAAGAUUAGUUUAAAAUACUCCCAGUCUUGUCCUGAUGAGAAUUUCAUGCUUAAUUUACUUGAUUUUAAUAUUAUUGUGGGUCAGAGGUACCCGGAUAUGGCACCAAUACAACCUAGAGACAGUGAUUCUUCAACAAAAUAUUUUGUCUGCUGUGACACUAUAGUAGGAGGGGGGAAAACUCUGGCGGAAAGAGCUGAAAAUUUGUUCUUAACAAAUGUGGGUACGACAAAUCCUUUUAUUGACAACAACAAAGGAGCAUUCAAGGAUUUGAGAGUACUGUAUAUGGAAAACUGUCACUACGUUGAGAAUUUAGCAAAAAUACCUGGAGAGGAGAGCAAGCACAUCCAACAACUGACAGCAUUUUCCAAUUUAAGUGUACUAAACAUUGUUGAUUGCCGGGGAAUGACUUACCUGUUUUCCGCUUCAGUAGCCCAAGGUCUCGUGCAACUACAAGUACUCCUGGUACGUAAUUGUCCAGCAAUGGAAGUAAUCAUAGGAAGUGAAGGAACAGAUAACAAGAAGGUCAUAAAAUUUGCUCAGUUGAAAUCUAUUGUGCUAAAAGCUAUGCCGAAGCUCAAAAGCUUUUACGGCCACAGGAGGUAUAUAAAUUCAACUACCACAGAGAGUACUGAUGUUUCCUCUGUUCAUCCUGCAUCUCUUUUUGAUAAAAUGGUCGUGUUCCCUUCCUUGGUAGAACUGAAGAUCAUCAUGUUGAAGGUUGCAAGUGAUGUAUGGGGGGAGAAUGAUCACGAGAACAAGUCAUUUUGUCAAUUAAAAUUUCUAAAAGUUUCACGUUGUGACGAAUUGGAAAUCAUUUUCCCACUUUCCAUGUUGCAUAGGUUAAAAAACCUUGAAAAGCUAGACAUUAAAUUCUGCAGCAAAUUGAGAAAUGUAAUGUCACCCUGGAUUGCCAGAGAUCUUGUGCAUCUUAAGGUAAUGCGAGUGAGAGGGUGUGCGAUGAUUAAAGAGAUAAUCGCAGCAUCCGGAAGAAGUAAACAAGAAACGGAUGAUGAAAUCGUGUUUCCUGUUUUGUUGUCACUAGAACUAAUUCAUCUGCCAAGCUUGAUCAACUUCUGGUGUUAUGAAUCUUGGGAACCAAAGAACGAGCAAAGGCAGCCACAUAAGGUUACAAUCCCUAAAUUGAUGGGAUAUGAAUUCAGUGAUCUAAAAUAUAGGUGGAAAGAGAUAGAGCUCAGCAAAGAUGAUUCAAGUUCAGAAGUUAAAUGCUUUCAACUAAGCUGUGAUGGCGAAAAUGAAGCUUCAUCUGACA